CGGUAUUACCCACAAGGCCACAAUAACGGGGCACACUUCAAAUAUAUCCAAAACGACGUUGGAGCGGCCCCCGAGGGAUAUUUCGUUGACUCGAAGGGAUAAUAAAAUGGCUACAAGCCUACAACCAUCUAUCGUCGGUGUAUCUAGACACACACUCGCACACAAUACAUACAGUGAGCGUGAGAGGAGGUGGUGGAAUGGCUUCGCUCGUGAACAAGCCGCUCGCUUCUCUGUGCACGGUCAUCAAGUCGGACAGCCGUUCGCCGGCGUCAUUCGUCGCCGAACGCUAUCGCGUCGGAGCACCGAAGCUCAGCAACAGCAUCAGGAUUUCCAGCGGGGGCGUUUUGAGUAGAAAAAAUAGCGGCGAUGCUAAUGGAAUCGUGUGUAAAGCAAUAUCUAUGGAGGCGGAGACGGAGAUUGAAGGACUCAACAUCGCUGAAGAUGUUACUCAGCUCAUUGGCAAUACACCAAUGGUUUACUUGAACAAUGUUGUAAAAGGCUGUGUUGCAAAUAUAGCUGCAAAGCUUGAAAUUAUGGAGCCAUGUUGCAGUGUUAAGGAUAGGAUAGGAUUCAGUAUGGUUACUGAUGCUGAACAGAAAGGGCUUAUUACUCCAGGAAAGAGUGUAUUGGUUGAACCUACCAGUGGAAAUACAGGAAUAGGCCUUGCAUUUAUUGCUGCUUCAAAAGGCUACAAGCUCAUCUUGACGAUGCCAGCAUCCAUGAGUCUUGAGAGAAGGGUUCUCUUGAAAGCAUUUGGAGCUGAGCUAGUUUUAACUGAUGCAGCUAAAGGCAUGAAAGGAGCUGUUCAAAAGGCUGAAGAGAUAGUAAAUAGCACCCCAAAUGCAUACAUGCUUCAACAAUUCGAUAAUCCUGCAAAUCCCAAGGUUCACUAUGAAACCACUGGUCCUGAGAUCUGGGAAGAUACAAAAGGCAAGGUGGAUAUACUUGUUGCUGGAAUUGGCACUGGUGGAACCAUUUCAGGAGUUGGCCGUUAUCUCAAAAAAUACAACCCUAAUGUUAAGGUUAUUGGCGUGGAGCCUACUGAAAGCAACAUACUUUCUGGUGGAAAACCUGGGCCUCACAAAAUUCAAGGGAUUGGAGCAGGUUUUAUUCCGAAGAAUUUAGAUCAAGAUGUGAUGGAUGAAGUUAUAGAGAUAUCAAGUGAUGAAGCUGUGGAAAUUGCAAAGCAAUUAGCUCUCCAAGAGGGCCUGCUGGUGGGUAUUUCUUCUGGAGCUGCAGCUGCAGCUGCUAUUAGGGUUGGAAAGAGACCUGAGAAUGCAGGAAAGCUUAUAGCGGUUGUGUUUCCUAGCUUUGGUGAGCGAUACUUAUCAACGGUUCUUUUCCAGUCCAUAAGAGAAGAAUGUGAGAAGAUGCAGCCUGAAGCAUAAAUUUGAUCCAGUAGUUAGAAUCAAAUAAGAGUGUUGAUUGGUAGAACGCUUAGCUUUUGCUCUCCCUUUUUUUGUUUGCCCUCGAGAAAGAAAGAGUAGUCGUAACGACAUCUGAGAAUGGUGAGUUUUUGUGGUAGUGUUGAACCUCAAGUAUUGAAACAAUGCCACAGUUCUUGAAGGAGCAGUCAUGUUCAAAAGGGGUGAUUCAUUUCAUCCAUCUUCUUCUUCUUAUUAUUCUACUUGAGCGCAUCUAUUAUCUAACUGGUGUAGAAUCAAUGAGUUGCAUAGUUCGUAUAUUUUACUUUGGACUUUGUGACCUUCAAAUUAUUUUUUAUCCAUUUUGAAAGGAGCAGCAAAUAUGUCGUUUUCUUGAAAAAUAAAUGAAAGUUUCAAAUAUUAGUAUUUUAAUUUCUAUAUUCAUGAAAAUAUAUUAAUAAAUUUAUGCAACUUUAUCAAUAAGAGAUACGAAAGAUAUGUUAAAUAUUGAUUUGGGACAGAAAGAUCAAUUCUACCAAUUCAAGACAGAAUUCUCCAAGGCUUGCCAGUAUUUCUCAGGAAACAUGAGACUAUUUAUUGUAGGGAAAUGUCAAGGUUCAUAAAUUUAGACUAAUUUUAUUUAGCAUUUUCUUGAGAUUGAAUAUUGAAUUUGUUCAUCUAACUAGGGCGGGAUAGUAUGAUAUAUGUUACUAAAUUUAUCAUACGUUAUACCUUACCUUAAUAUGAUUAUUCGGCAUGAAGAAAUCUCAUGUAUUUAUUUUAUUUUUAUCUACGAAAUUAAAGAGUGUAAUUAGUGUAUAAAGUGAGUGGGUGAAAAAUAUUUAAUGAUUAUUUUAAGUGAAUUGGUGUGUAAACUGAACUCACUGUUAAUAAUAUUUUAAAUAAUUUUUUUAUUAUUAAAAAGAGUAUAUGACAUUAUUAGUGGAACGGAGAGAGUAAAUAUCUCACUCUCUCACACACACACGUAAUAAACGGAUUUGUAUCUGUAAUGGGUCGAGCCCAGUGACGGCCCAUUUUAGUCCAAAAUUUAAGCAGCUAAAUUGAAGUCGGUUUCGGUUUCGGUUUAUCCACAUUAGCAUAUUUUCAUAUGCAAUUUCAGUAGAAACUGAGAAAAGAAGAAGAAGCUGAAGUUAGUAGGGUUUGAGAUCAGGAUAUUGUUGGAGUAUUGAGUGGGAUUUCGGGAGCGAUGCUGGGAAUUGAAACAGAGCUCGUUCCAACGAUCAACGACUGCAGUAAAAUCUGAGUGUCGCUGCUUUAUUUCCUGACCUUCAAAAUAAAACUCCGAAACCAUUUGAAUGAAAUUCUGAGCCUGUGAGCCAUUCUGAAACUACGCAAUUUUGUUAAUAUUAUUUUCCCUUUGUUGUUUGUAAUUGGUAGAAAUUCCAUUUUGAGCUGAGGGAGAGAAAAUUUCUGCAAUAGCUCGACUGAAUAUUAACAAUAAAUGCUGGGUAUUAAUAGCCAAAUUUAAGAACAAGCCCCCCUGGUUUUGUAAGAUGUAAAAUUGUUUUUCUUUUGGAGUGAUUUUGUUAGAGAACGUUGCCUUUCUUAGUGGAUUGUGCACAGCAAAUCUAAUGCAAUGUAUAGGAAAAUGAGAUAGUAGUUCAAUGCAUUAGGAACCUAAUUUUUAGUGAAAAAUACGAAAGUUAGGUUUUCAGGUGUAGUACAUCAGGUAUCAUUCCCCUCGUUUUGGAAGAGCAAGGUCGAAAUAUACUUCAGAGCUCAUCUGCCUGGUGGAAAGGCUGGAUUGAAAUAGUGUUGAAUAAUUAUGUCCAACCAACCAGUGAGUUCUGUGGAGGCGUACCUUUAUAUCAUUGUAUGUGUUAUUGUAAGAUAUUUAUGGAUUUAUGAGGCUUCUUAUUCAUGAACAACUUCCUUCAGUAUAAUAGACAGUCUAUAUGUGCCAUGUUUUUUAAAUAUGUCUAUGUGCUAUGUGAGAUAUGGAGCAACAUCCUUGUGCCCAGAAGAAGUGGUGUGUCUCUAUAACUUGCUCGUUGCUUGUUUCUGCUCUAAGAUGGUUUGAAGUAUUAAUGACUGUAAGUUUUGGUUUUCCUAUUUUUGGGCAUAUCUAUAGAAGUAUUGGAUUGUGUUACAAUGAAGGUAGGGUAUUGAACUAUUGUAUUUAAUUGUGAAUGGCUUAUCAGUUGACUUAUUAUAUGUGCAUCGUUUCAGUUAUUUAUUCUGCCACAGAUGGUAGAACAGUGUGAGACUCGAAAUAUGGUGCUCCGUAGGUCUGUCAUCUGUUUUCACAAUGAAUGUCUUCUUUGAAGAUUGGCAGAUAUGGAACUUUAGUAAUUUCCUUGGGAACCCCUGAACAAAGAGAAAGAAAAUGAAGGGUUGCUUGAUGAAAUUUGGGUAAACAAUAUGAUGACCUGGAACUUCUAGAUUUUGCGGUUAUCAAUAGGAGCAUAGACUAGAGCUGUUCGUUCUGAGAUGUCUGGGAUUUCAGGAUAUCGUGCCCUUUCACCAAAGACCAAGAAUGCGGUUGUUGCCGGAGGCCUGUCUGCGUUUGUCUUUGGGGUGUAUUUCUACACGAUGAGAGCAGUUGGUGGCACAGAUGAACUUCAGGUGGCUAUUGACAAAUUUGAAGAUCAGAAGCAUAGAAAUGAGCAAGAAGCAACCUUGGCACCUAAGGCUUAGUUAAUAAGAUUAUAUCUUUAUCAACAGAAACUGUGUAAUUAGGUGAAAGUUGUGGCAGCCUUUUUUUUCUCAUCAGACUUGUUACGGUUUCUUGAUAUUUAAAUAAAGUCCCAAUCUAUAAUUUCUUUGUUGCA